AUGAUACGAGAAUGGGCCAUGUCGUCUGUAUUCUCUUUGCUGGACAAGGAAAAGCCCGCAUCCUCGGGAGUGUGGUCGGGGCAGAAGCAGCAGCAGGAGGCACGCCCACUUUUAUGGAGUCGUCAUGGUGACGGUGUACGGCCAGCGGUGAAAACGAAUGUGUCGCGUCACGAAACCGGAAAAAACGUCGGUCUCAAUGAAAGCCAUUCCGUUUUUGGCGGUGGUGGCUCCAGUAUGGCCUCCUGCAGUCUUCUCAGUCAUAUCCUGCACCGGAUGCUGCGUGAGGCGGAUGGCAUUGCAACAGAUGAGGUUCUGGCCGUGGCUCGAACAAUAGAAAAGACUUAUCUGCACAAGAAGGAAUUUGCAAACACAGAUGCCGGGAUGGGUGUUGGCGUACAUGAUGGCGGUGGCGGAUUGCUGGGGCAGUUGAUUCAAGAACAGUUGAUGCUGAUCAGGCAGAAAAAGCGAGCCGCAGGAGCCGUUAUGGUUGACGACACACACCGUCGUGGUCGUGACGUAGAAAGUCUUGCGGGCCAUCUUUUAAUGCCCUCACCUUCUCUUUCAUCAAACAACUUGCCGCGGCCCAACUUUGCCACGUACGACGAAAUGCGACAUUUAGAAGUCCAGAAAGAUUCAUCUCUUCCCUGCCGCACUGCCUUCACACCCGCGGCACUCACCGCAGUACCCGUGUUGCGUCCCGUUCCUGCUUCUCGUGCGUUGUAUCCCGUCGUUGUGAUGACUACACCCACAUUUUCUUUGGAGUGCCAAAAAGUAAGUGUUUUUGUAACGAUUGAACAAGACAUAUUUUACGGCAUCGGCGUCUUGCGUUGCAUGGCACCGGAGUCAUAUCGUCAUGGUGGCGCCGGUUUUCCACUUGCACGGCAGCCAUUCCGUUGGUUUCUUGCAAGGGCAGCAGAAUUGGAGCAUAUCCCACGCAAUACGCCUUUGAUAUCCUCGCGCUCCUCUGCGCCCCCGUUCGUGUGUGAAAGCCUUCUUGAGCAGUGGAUGCAACAAGACGGGGGUGACACUUUUGUCCCUCUGGAUUCUCUCAUUGCCAUUGGCGUUGCGUCCUCACGCGUCCUGUCGUCGAGCCCGCCCAUCAUGAUUGGUCUCGAAAUUGAUUUGAACCCGGACCACGACUUGGAUCACAUGCAGGCGGUGGAGGCGACGCUCCUGCAACGUUACUGGACCCUUCGCAGAAAGGAGUCAAGCGGCUUUUCGAUGAGCCACGCAUGCCUGGAGGAGGGUGUGCCGUAUGUGGUUGGUGUGGAGGUGUACUUUGGUGAUGGCAUCGAGGAUGAUGAUAGCGCGGAGACGUGGGUGGCGGUCCUACGCGACUUUGUGAUUCCGAAAGGGAGUCACACGGGUCGAACCGAAAGGGAGCUUCGCAACCUCUUGGUUCCUCCGCAACGUCGCUUUUGA